UUAUGGAGCUCCCAAAAGAGAAAUUUGCUGCUUGCUAGCUAGUGAUCAGAUGUUGGUGACGACGUGGGUCGGGCGGGGGCGAAGGUCUUGGGCGGACGACCAAAAAGUGUAGCGGUAGCUAGCAUCCCAGUGCCGAAACGAGGAAGCUACUACCUAGCCAAAUCUGAUGAAGCGUCGUCAAUGGUGUUUGGCUCCCUGUGGCAGCGGAUGUUGCUGGUCUACGCAGUGAGGUACCGGUAGGUCCGCAUUGGCUGGAAAUAAACGCAUCAAGGGCUGGCUGUUCUGGCGUUUGUUUGCCUUGCUUGUUUGCCAAGAGGACGGACCAUAGAGCGAAGCACUCGCAGGAGCCCCAGCCACAAAAUCUACUACACGCACGUAGUACUUUCGUUUGUCAGAUCAAAUUCCUUCUUUUUACCCACUCUCGAGUCCUUCCCACCAAAGACAGUAGCUUCUUGCCAGCCAAUGUGACGUGCCUGAUACACCGUGCCUGGCUGGAAAAUUGCUUCCAAUUACUCAGGCGCGCAGCCAUGACAGAUGAUUUCUUCGAUGAUUCUUGAGCCUUUCAAGGCAGCCCGGCCAAACAAUCGCCUUGACCUACAGGUACCACACUUCCGACCCUGAUUGGCUGCAUCCUAGCUACAUGCAGCGACAAGACCCCCGUGGUGUCUUGAUUUCCGAAAACCCAACCGCGUUAUUACUCAACUUCCCCAACAAGCGCACAGCCAUGACCACAUGAACCUGCCAGCCGGUGGGGAGCAUGGCCCAGCCAUCUCCCGAAGCAAUGCAAAGCAAAGCAAAGCACCUUGGGGCGAGUGGGGGGUGGGGGGACUCCUCCCUCUUCGCAUCAUGCAUGGGAUGACCGAAGAGGUGCUUUGUUCUUUGUUCCACUUACGCUGGUGAAGCUACGAGCUACCGUAGCUAUGGAUAAUGGAGCUUUACCAGUGAGCGAGCCAUGCAGUGUUGCUGUGUACUGGUUAUAACCGGUACCAGAUCCAGUGUACGAAUGAUUUAAAGGUGAAGAGAACAGAAGCUCUGCUUUCUUUGAGAAAAAGGGCUUUGAUAAGUACAUUGGCUACUUAUUUCUCACUGGAGAUUCCUAGAAUGACUCCUGACCGCAGAUUCCAUUAAAUUUAUUUUACCAGCGAGCUCUAACGGAGAAUCUUUUGACUUCACUGGACAGCUACUGGAAGCAAGAGUCGUGUGCACUACGUAGAAAUGGAUCGUUGCACGGCCACCGUUUUACGGGAGGCUGCUUGCAUAGCCACCUGAAACCUGGAGCAAAAGCGCAGAGCUCAUCACUUCCUUGGCUCACAAUUCCAAACAGCUCCAAGCAGCAAACAGUUUCCUUCAAAGCAAGCAAGCAAGCAAGCAAGCAACCAAAAACAACCAUCAUCAUGUGCACCACCAACAACGGCAAGAGUGAUAGCGUCCGAGAAACUUCUCCCAAGAGGACCCGUCCCCGUCUGCAAAGUGGAAACUCUGUCAGAGGGCUGGACAGAGAAAACAGCUCUCGAGCUCUUGGUGCGUUUGCCAUUGAGAAUCGCGACCCAGAUGAUCGAUUUGUGCGUCAACAAUCCAAGCGAGGACUUUCUGGAGGACAAGAUCAACAAUCGAGCGACAGCGAAGAAGAUACUGGAUCUGCACUGGACAAUCAAAUUCUGAAAGCUGUCAACAAGAGCGGAUGAGAGCAACCGAGAUGCCGUAGAAACCAAAGAUUCUCGUGCCGUGCUCGUUGUGAUGAUGAUAUCGAGAUCAUCUCAUCAAUAGAUUGAAGCAUCUUUGAAAGUUUACCGUAUGAAAAGAAGGGAGGAACACAAGCAGGCCAAGGCAAGGCAAAGCCAGCCAGAGCAAUGACCUCACGUACUUAGAAGUAGAAACCAACUGAAUUUAUAACCGUACCGAUAGCCGAUAUACGAAUGUUGAUUACG